AUGAGCUCCUUCUCUCUCCUCUCAAGUCUGAAACUCUCCUCUCCACUUGAAACCUUAUCGCCGUUUACCCUCCCUCAUCCGACUGCCCCUCCAACGCAAACAUCCGACUCCAUACUUUGCUCAUUCUCCUCCGACUUGGUGUUCAUACUAUGGUCAUUAUCCUUCGACUUGGUGGUCAGUGGGAUACUCCUCUCAUUCUCCUCUCGUUCGACUACGCUCAUCCGACUCCUUUCACUGACUGAAACUUGUCAUACGUCUAAUUACCGACCAAUUGAAAACGAAUCGCAGAGUAACGAGGAACACUGCAAUUACUUCAAGUUCGCAGACGAUGCUGAUGAGGAUAUUACGUCCACAAUCCGUUCCAAUACUGGACUUCGUAAAGCUAUAAGAACAGAGGAAUUCAAUGAUGUAAGGACAAGGCUUUCGGAGGUGGACAAUAUAAUUCAGGACCAGGGUAGAAGGCUUCAAAGGAUUGAAAAGAAUUUCAAGGCGAUGAUUUAUGUGAUUGUAUUAUGUAUCAUUUUGUACUUUGUAAUGUAAAUGACUUAAAAAUUUAGUUUUUGGGGAAUUUGAUGAACGUAAUUAUGGAUGUAUUGGAUAUGAUGUAAUUAUGGAUGUAGUAGACAUGAUGGAUGAAGAAUAUAUGUUACCUCUUCAA